AUGGGCGGAGUGAGAUGAGGGGCAAGUUAAGAUUCACUUCACACGUCGAUACAGCUCAUUGUAGCAUAGCAUACACGUUGCCUGAAGAGGUAGCCAGCUUGCUGCUAGAGAUUACCUGCUUUCUAAAGUGCCCAGGCAUUCACUACGGAUUUUCUGCGAACCACUGCAAGGUUUAGCCCCCAAAUCCUGGCGUAACGUUAGCUACGCGGUGGUGUAUCGUCACAACUGCAUCCGAAACUGUCCAUUACCCCAAAAAACUACUUCAUUGCGUCUCUGGGCGACCAGCAGUGUGUUUAUGUCUUUGUUUUACGAAAACGGUGAGUACCCGGACGACAGGAGCCACGGAUGGGAAAGAGCUGUUGUGCAGCUGUCGGAACCUGUGUGGAGGGAACUUAGUCCACAACCAGCGAGCCUGGAGCCUCAGUGGCAACACCUUUUUCAUGUCAGAGACCGAGUACUCUUGCAGUCGUUUAUGUCAUCCCCCCCUCACCAGGCAGACAAUACCAAGAAUUGCCAAUUCAAGAUCUUUUCGUCCUGCUGAUAGUACCAACGAUAGGCCAAGAUGUCGGUCAACGUCAACCGCAGCGUGUCAGACCAGUUCUACCGCUACAAGAUGCCCCGUCUGAUCGCUAAGGUGGAAGGCAAGGGUAACGGGAUAAAGACCGUCAUAGUCAACAUGACUGAUGUCGCCAAGGCUUUGAACAGGCCACCAACGUAUCCCACCAAGUUUUUUGGUUGUGAGUUGGGCGCUCAGACCCAGUUUGAUUCCAAGAAUGACCGUUACAUUGUCAAUGGCUCCCAUGAGGCGAACAAGCUGCAAGACAUGUUGGAUGGAUUCAUCCGGAAAUUUGUGUUGUGUCCAGAGUGUGAUAACCCCGAAACAGACCUGCACAUCAAUCCUAAGAAGCAAACCAUUGGGAACUCGUGCAAGGCCUGUGGCUACCGUGGCAUGCUGGACACCAGACACAAGCUGUGCACUUUCAUUCUUAAAAAUCCACCAGAGAAUGAGAGCGGGUCUGUGAAAAAGGAGAAGGAAAAAAAGAACCGCAAGAAGGACAAGGAGAACGGCUCUAGUGGCGGGGAGGCAGGGAACCGGGACGACAUCGACGCACCUGAAGCUGUGGAUGGGGACGAUGACGAUGAGGACUGGGGUGAGGAGACCACGGAGGAGGCACAGAGGAGGCGCAUGGAGGAGAUCAGUGACCACGCCAAGGGCCUGACCCUCAGCGAAGACCUGGAGAAGCCCCUGGAGGAGAGGGUCAACAUUUUCUACAACUUUGUCAAGCAAAAGAAGGAGGAGGGUGCGAUCGACUGUGCGGAUAAGGAGGUGUUGGCGGAGGCGGAGCGGCUGGACGUCAAGGCCAUGGGGCCCCUCAUCCUCAGCGAGCUGCUCUUCGACGAGAACAUCCGGGACCAGAUCAAGAAGUACAAGCGUCACUUCCUCCGUUUCUGCCACAAUGACAAGAAGGCCCAGAAGUGGCUGCUCGGUGGCUUUGAGUGUGUGGUGAAGCUGCAUCAGAGCCACCUGCUGCCGCGCGUGGCCAUCAUCCUCAAGGACUUCUACGACGCUGACCUGCUGGAGGAGGACGUCAUCCUCGCAUGGGCCGAAAAGGUCUCCAAGAAAUACGUCCCCAAGGAGGUGGCGAAGGAGAUCCACGCCAAGGCAGAGCCCUUUGUCAACUGGCUGAAGGAGGCUGAGGAGGAGAGCGAGGGCAGCGAGGAGGAGGAGGAAGAUGAGGAGGACAAUGUGGAGGUUGUGUAUUCCUCCUCUGCUCGUGAGUUUAAAGAGACUGUGACACCGAAGAAGCAGGAGGAGGAGGACGACGACCUUGACAUUGAUGCCAUUUAAGCAGACCAACACCAGGAAUGAAAUAGGAAUUUGGGAGAAAAAAAAAAAAAAAGGUUGACAAACAAACAAAACAAAACAAAAGAUGCCUCUAAAGAUGCUCUCUGACGCUUCUGCCAUGUCAAGGAGAAGACCAGACGCAUGCCUUUUGAUUUGUCUCGCUCACUAGCUGCUCCUUGUUGCAAUCAUGAUGUAGUGCUUCUGCGAAAAGGCUUCCUUUUUUCCGCAUCAGCCCCUCUUUACCCCCCCCCCCCCAAAAAAAACCUCAUCCUCAAUCCCGACCCAAAUCUACUUCUUCAAUCCUCAUCCCUCAAUCCCUUGCCCUACAGAUUGACUUGAGCUGUUCUUUGCUGUUCAAUUCGUAGGUGUGAAAAUGCUAGAAAAACUAGAGCACUAAAUGCACAUGUAUUUUUUUUUUCUUCUCUUGUGUUACUUUUGAACUAUUAAAGAAUGUUUGACAUUAAGUGUAAAA